UUGGGCGUGCCCAUUUAUACUCAAGAGAAUUUUCCAUAUCAAAAAUGAUUUCAUCAAGUGAAGCUUGUUGUGACAAUUUAGUGAAACAAGAGUACACAAAGGAAGACAGUAUUAUUUCUGAAACCGAGUAUCAGUCCUGAGAUGGCAAGAAGACGCCCACUGCUAGAGAAUUACACCCAAGUAUAUCUUUUAGUAGCAAAACUAGUAGGACAAGAUGUGUCAACGAUAGUGAUUUGGAGUCCGAUCACCAAGAGUCCGAUCACCAAGAGUCCGAUCACCAAGAGUCUGAUCAUCAAGAGUCAGAUCAUCAAGAGUCAGACCAGCAAGAGUCAGAACAACAAACUCAUAAGCAAGAGGAUACUAAUCUACUCUAUGCUAAGCUCAAAGAACACUUUACGGCAAAUCUCAAGAAAAUCAAGGAUAUGAAGGAUAAAUCAGCUGAAGAGAGAAGGAUCCUCAUGAGAAAAGCGUUAAAUAACUUCUUGGAAAACCCUCAACUUCCAGAUUCUUCAAAUAUAGAGAGAAGAAAACCUCUCGCUCUCAAGAAUAAGAUAUCAAACAGAAACAAAAGCAAAAAUCACAGUGAGAUGACCAGAAGAAGCCUCAUGGAGGAAAGGCCAAGAGACCUCUUUCUAAGCCAUACAAUUCAAGCAGAAAUAAAGACAGCGCUUAUACUAAGGAAGAACUUGUUAGUGAAGUUGGAUCUAGAUGGUGCAAACUAUGAUUACUCUGAAGGCUUACUCAAAAACAGACUAAGAACAAUCCCAGAAUCCAAGUUUAAGUUAGAAGAAGAGUUAGACCAUAGAGGCUUCAAGAAAGUACAUGAAGUUGAGUGUUAUCCCGGGUGUUUCCAAGAUAGUAAAGGAGUAAUAUACGACCUCAGACCUCAAGAGUUUUGUCCAAGUAUUAACAACCUAAUGAAAAAGGGCGAGAUAGAACUUAAAAAAUUAGCCACCAAGGCUAUAAAAGUCCAGUUAUCCCAGUGUGAUGAAUCCAUUAAAUCUGACCUUAAAGAAAAACUGAAUAAACUAUCAAACUAA